UCAACACUUCUCUCUUUCCCUCUCGUUACACACAUAUAUAUCGUUGCUCACCUUGCUCUGUUUUCAGAUCCAAAACACACACAUACAAACACCCACAUUCACUGUGUGUGUAACCGCUUUAAGAAGAGGGAAUUGGAGGAGUUUUGUAACGGCAAUGGCGGUGUGUAAGGAAUCGGUGAUUCGGUGCUCGUUUCUGCUGCUAAUUUCGUUGAUUUUGGCGGUUUUUGUCACCGUUUCCGGUGAGAAGAGUGAUAAUUUGAAUCUCAGUGCUGUUGAAACAGAGCAAUUUCAGAGAUUGAACACCUCCUCAUUUGCAGCAAGAGAAAAGGAGUCUGAAAUUUUGAAUGAAAAUGCAGUUCAAGACCCCGAGGAGGUGGUCUCCAUGGUUGAAAUGAGCGUGAAAAACAGCACUGAAAGAAGGAAACUGGGAUACUUCUCAUGUGGGACCGGCAAUCCAAUUGAUGACUGCUGGAGGUGUGACCCAAACUGGCAAAAAAACCGUAAGCGACUUGCAGACUGUGGCAUUGGGUUUGGGCGCAAUGCCAUUGGCGGUCGCGAUGGUCGGUUCUAUGUGGUCACAGAUUCGGGAGAUGAUAAUCCAGUCAACCCGCGACCCGGCACACUCCGCCACGCUGUCAUCCAAGACGAACCUCUUUGGAUCGUGUUCAAACGUGACAUGGUGAUCCAGUUGAAACAAGAACUUAUUAUGAACAGUUUUAAAACCAUCGAUGCUCGUGGAGUUAACGUCCACAUAGCUAAUGGAGCUUGUAUCACCAUACAGUUCAUCACUAACGUUAUCAUCCACGGGUUACACAUCCACGAUUGUAAACCGACUGGAAAUGCGUUGGUAAGAAGCUCACCGUCCCAUUACGGUUGGAGAACAAUGGCCGACGGUGACGCGAUUUCCAUUUUUGGCUCGAGCCAUAUUUGGGUUGACCAUAACUCUCUGUCUAACUGUGCUGAUGGGCUCGUUGAUGCGGUCAUGGGCUCAACCGCGAUCACCAUUUCCAACAAUUACUUCACGCACCACAACGAAGUUAUGUUGUUGGGCCAUAGUGACUCGUAUACUAGGGACAAACAAAUGCAAGUGACUAUUGCUUAUAACCAUUUUGGAGAAGGUCUUAUUCAAAGAAUGCCUAGAUGCAGACAUGGAUAUUUCCAUGUGGUGAACAAUGACUACACCCACUGGGAGAUGUAUGCCAUUGGUGGAAGUGGAAACCCCACCAUCAACAGCCAAGGCAACAGAUACCUUGCCCCCAACAAUCCCUUUGCUAAGGAGGUGACAAAGAGGGUAGAUACAGCUUCAAGCCAAUGGCAUGGAUGGAACUGGAGAUCAGAAGGUGAUUUACUUCUCAACGGGGCUUAUUUCACCCCAUCUGGUGCAGGAGCCUCAGCAAGUUAUGCAAGGGCUUCAAGUUUAGGUGCCAAGUCAUCUUCCAUGGUUGGAACCAUCACUUCAGGCGCUGGCGCCCUCGUUUGCCGUCGGGGCCGCCAGUGCUAGCCGCCCGCCGUCUAGCAAACACCACUCACCUAUAUAUAAAAUUUUAUACAACUUAUUUGUAUUUUUUUGUUGUACCCACUUGUUGCUGUGCAACCUCGGCCGAGCUUCAACAAAACCAAAACCACGAUUGCCACGGAGCAGGUGCGUAGCGUUGUUCAUCCUCAUUCUAUCGAUCGACUUCAUUUAUCCCCUUUCCUUUCCUUGACCGGACCGGACCCUUUCCAUUGUUGUGUACUCAAGUAUAUCGGUUUUAUUUUCUCUUUUUUAAUUUUUAUUUAUCUUGGUAAUGUUAAUUUCUCAUACAAGUGUGAAUGUCAAAACCAUGAGUAAUGAAAUGAAAAGGAGAAAAAAAAGAAGGGGAAAUUAUUUGUCA